AUGACUUCCUCUACUACACUCACAACGAAGGUGACUUCUGGUUCACCUUACCAGCUGGAUAAGCCCCAGGUCACCAAAGCUUCCUCCGCGCUGUUGCGCCAUAUCAAGUCCAACCAGGAGGAGAAGGAGAAGUCUGCGACCAAGAAGACCCUGAUUGGUGACAACGACUCCGAUGAUGAGGAGACCCCCGUCAACAAUGAAGCCGUCUGGCUUAUCAUGACCACCAAGAAGCACGUGGUCGAUAAGAACCGCCUGAAGCCUGGAAAGAUCAGCCUCCCUCAUUCCCUCAACUCGUCGCCUUCCCUCAGCAUCUGUUUGAUCACCGCCGACCCUCAGCGCGGCGUCAAGGAUAUCGUUGCCGACCCCACCUUCCCCAAAGAACUUUCCUCCCGCAUCGACAAAGUUAUUGGCUUCAGCAAGCUCAAGGCCCGCUACCAGAGUUUCGAGAGCCGUCGCCAACUACUGGCUGAGCACGAUGUUUUCCUCGCUGAUGACCGCAUUAUCACUCGCUUGGUGCCUACCCUCGGAAAGGUCUUCUACAAGUCCAGCAAACGCCCCAUUCCUAUCCGUAUUGCCGAGAUCGAGAAGGUCGAUGGAAAGCGUGUGAAGAAGGACGCCAAGCAGAAGCCUGCUAAGGAGGACAAGAGCGCCGCUUUUGCUACUCCCCUCAUUGUUGCUAAGGAGAUUGAGCGCACUUUGUCUUGCGCCGCUGUGCACCUUGCACCUUCCACUACUGCUGCCAUCCGUGUUGGCUCUUCCAAGUUCACCGCUGAGCAAUUGUCUGAGAACAUUGCCGCCACUGUCCAGGGUAUGACCGAUAAGUUUAUCUCCAAGGGUUGGAGGAAUAUCAAGGCUCUUCACGUUAAGGGCGCCAACACCAUGGCGAUGCCCAUCUGGCUGGCCAGUGAACUUUGGGUAGAGGAUGCCGAUGUGGUGGAACAGGCCGAAACCUCCGCCAUCGAGGGAAAGAACAGCAACAACAAGAAGCGCAAGUCUCUUGGCGAGGAGAAGCCCAUCGAGGUCAAGAAGACCAAGAAGUCCAAGUCUGCUGAUGAUGAGGAGGAGGCUUCCUCGGGAGCGGCACGGAAAAACAAGCUCCAACAGCUCAAGGCCAAGGCCCUUGAGGAUGGAGAGCCUGUUGUCGCCCCCAAGGCGGAUAAGAAGAAGAAGAAGUCUACUUCAUGA